CAGCAGUCUCCCAUGGCUCCUUAUCAUAUCCGAAUAUACCGGGGCAGUGACCACAAGAGUGUGGUGGACUUGUUCUCCAGAGGCAUGGACGAGCACAUUCCCACCACCUUCCGCUACAUGCUGAGGCUGCCCGGAACUCUCCUGCUCUUACUUGGGAUGCCUCUUACCCUACUCUUGGUCUCAGGCUCCUGGCUUCUGGUCCUUCUGUCCAGCCUUACUCUUUUUGUUUCCCUGUGGCUCCUUGCAAAACACACUUGGGAAAAUUAUAAAGUAUUCUGUUUGCACACAGACAUAGCUGACAUCCCUACAAUCUACCUGAGUUCUUGUGACUCCUGCUUCUGGGUAGCUGAGUCUAGGGGUCAGAUCGUGGGCAUGGUGGCUGCCCUGCCAGUGGAGGAUCCCUUCCUACAGAAGAAGCAACUACGGCUAUGUCAUCUCUCUGUGUCCUUGGAGCACCGAAGAGAGGGGAUAGGGAAAGCCAUGGUCAGAACUGUCCUCCAGUUUGCACAGGACCGAGGCUUCAGUGAAGUUGUCCUUUCUACCAGUAUGUUGCAGUAUGCGGCCCUGGCUCUCUACCAGGGCAUAGGCUUCCAGAAGACUGGCGAGUCCUUCUACACCAUUAUCUCCAGACUAAGGAAAUCUCCGAUCAUACACUUAAAGUAUUGCCUCAAUUCUACUCAGAAAGGGGGCCUGUGA